AUCUACGGCCGGCAUCUCAAGUCUCGAUUCUCGUCGUCGUAGCCAGUCUUGCAUUGAAAUCCGGCGAAGUAAUUUCGAAGCGAUAAACAAUACGGUGCUGAAACGACCCACGGGAGCCGCAGCGGCCGUGGAAUUUUUCAGUGAUGUGUUUUAAUGUAAUUAAGGUUUAGUUGUGAUUUGUGGCCAGUGAAAUGAUUUUCGGAUUUUCCAAUUUUGGAUACUAACGAAAUAGCGCCCGGAAUAAUGGACGAGCAAACAGCCCUAGUGUUGGCCCUCCAGCUAGUGGCGCUUUUUUCAAUCGCUGGAGCCCUCCUGUUGUAUUUAUUAUGCAAAAUCCGGGCUGGCAGCGGGCCAGAAUCUGCAGGAAGCACCCCCGGAGGAGGAAAAGCGCUCCUAGUAACAUGCGCCGACAACGCAAUCGGACUCCAACUUGCCGUCCACCUGGCCAACAGAGGCUUCCGGGUCUUCGCAGGACUGAAAGACGGAGCUUCGUCCGGAUCCUCUGACGACUCAGUCCCUGCUCGAGUUAUAAGAGCGUGGCAGAAACACAGGGAGAGCUUGACCGGCUUGUGUCAUUCAGCCUUGGUGGCUUUGCCUUUGGAUGUGACCAGAGAAGAUUUGCUACACGAAGCUGUUGACAUUAUACGAGCGCAUUUGCCGGCAGGGGAAGAUGGCAUAUGGGCAGUGAUCAACACCAGCGGCCUGUCGUACCGCGGCCGUUUGGAGCAGCAGGACAUCGCCCAUUGGGACGCAAUCCUGAAAACCAACGUCGUCGGCGUUUUGCGAACGACUCGCACUUUCCAAGGUUUAUUGCGCAAUACUUCCGGCCGUUUAAUUAACUUCGGAGUGGCCGAUAGCGCGGACGCCGGUCUGGUUGCCUACACAGCCAGCAGGUAUGCCGUGGAAGGAGCCAGUAAUGCCCUGCGUCAGGAGUUAGCACCCUUGGGGAUCAAAGUGAUUACGUUACAUCUAUCGGGCGUUACUCCCGAAAUGCUCUUCGUCACACCCAAACUUAACACGAAAGAGGAACGAGGGGAUAUUUCCGUCGACAUGAGUGGGUGUAUUGAGUAUCAGCCGAUUCUGUUGACCCCGCAGUCGCUGAGGGUGGUGGACGUUGCGGUCACCGCAGGCGCCCCUAAUAACUGCUACGAACUUGCACCCAAGGGGCAUUGGACCAAACCAAUUAAUUUUAUUAAGUCGUUUGUAGUGUAAUUGUUCUUUGGCAGUAUACGUACUAUCUGUAGGACUAUAACGUGUAUAUAGCUUUUUUAUAUUAUGUAAAUAUGUUAUGUAGUAAUAAUAAUAAUUACACAUUA